CAAGAUUUAGGAUCUCGAUCUUUAGACCUGAGAGUCUCCACCUGAUGAAAUCUUGGAGUAUGAGGGUGGGCCGAGUGCUGCAGCUGUCCGUUUUGCUGGUGGGACUCUGUCAGGCCCACCGUGCCCUGCCAACAGAUGAUGCCUCCACAUCACAGGAGGCAGGUGAGGUCCCCGUGUCCCAGGUGAGGAUGCUCUCGCUGGGACUAGCUCACCUGUUGCAUGGCGUGGAGGGGAACGCCGAGCAGUUGGAGCGGCAGGGAGAGCAAGUGGCGGCAGAGCUGGAUGGGGCCACCAGGAGUCUGGAGAGCCUUCGUAAGCAGAGUUUACAGGCAGGACAGACUCGCAGACAGGUGAGGAAGGACCUGCAGAUACUGAGUGCCAGGGGGGACAGGCUGUGGAGGGUGGUCAAAGACCUGCAGAAGGGGCUGGAGGAUCUGGAGACAGAGCAGAGAGCCAUGCAGCACCGAAUGAACAGGAUCCUCCAAAGAGUGAAGAGCCUGACCGAGCCGGGGUCAGGGGGUCAAACCCGGCCCAACAUUAGCUCCAUGAAAGUUAUCAUGGAUAAGCAGGCCCGACAUCUUGCCAGUCUGACCUCAGAGGUUACAGCCCAAGACGGACUGAUUGACGGACGCCUGCAGCGCAUUGAACAUCUGGAGAAACAGGUGUUGGACAGCGUCCCAGCAGCACUGAGGGCAGAUUCUGACGCCGACUGUGUCUGAUGAACACAGCUGCAUCAACACACCGAGACUCUAAACCAACUCACGCUCAAACAGCAGUGAAAAUUAUUUAGUAAAGCCGAAAUGAACUGCUCUGAUACUCACAAAAGGAUGUGUCACAAUCAACCAAGUUUAGAUAAAUACAUAUUUGGGUGACUUUCCCAACACAGCCUGUCAAUUACAACAAACAAAAAUGUGUUACAGCAUAGUUUGAGAUGAAAACUAUUGUGACUACUAUUAUGUGUCCUGUCCUCAACAAGAUAUGCCUCUGUUUAUAAAGGGUUCAAAAAUAAAACUUUCCUGUUCUUGAGUCAUCGUGU